AUUUUUUUUAAAAAAAAUAAAUUGAAAGAUCAAAACCGUAAGAGGGGAUUGGAAUUUGGAUAGGUCAGUCCAAUCCUCUCUUCGAGCUGUGAAUCUCUCUCUCUCUCUCUCUCUUUCUCUCAAAUCUCCCUCGCUUUCUCUUCCAGAUCCAGCCUUUGUUGGGGAGCUUGGAAUCCAAAGAGAGGACGAAAAUGAUAACCAUACCGUACUUGACCGCGUUGACGACGUACUUUAGCUACGGCUUGCUCUUCGCGUUCGGCCAAAUCCGUGACUUCUUCAGGAAGAUCUUCGAUUGGUGGCAAGCUAGCAAUCUUCAGGGGUACGCGCCGAUCUGUUUAGGACUCGAAGAUUUCUACAUUCGACGUCUGUAUCUUCGUAUCCAGGACUGUUUUGGACGACCAAUAGCAAGUGCUCCUGAUGCUUGGUUUGAUGUGGUUGAGCGUUAUUCUAAUGACAGCAAUAAGACACUAAAGCGAACCACGAAGACAAGUAGGUGUCUCAAUUUGGGAUCAUACAAUUAUCUAGGCUUUGCUGCUUCAGAUGAAUACUGUACACCACGCGUAAUUGAGUCUUUGAGAAGGUUCUCUCCAAGUACUUGUAGUGCUCGUGUGGAUGGAGGAACUACGACACUGCAUACCGAACUGGAGGAGUGCAUUGCAAAAUUUGUCCAAAAGCCAGCUGCCGUGGUCUUCGGCAUGGGCUAUGUGACAAACUCGGCCAUUCUUCCUGUCCUGGUUGGAAAGGGAGGGUUGAUAAUCAGUGAUUCACUGAACCACAACUCAAUUGUAAAUGGUGCUCGGGGCUCAGGAGCAACAGUUCGAGUUUUUCAACAUAAUACACCAUCACACUUGGAGAAAGUUUUGAGGGAGCACAUUGCUGAGGGACAACCCAGGACCCAUAGACCUUGGAAGAAGAUUAUUGUGGUCGUGGAGGGAAUAUACAGCAUGGAAGGGGAACUCUGCAAACUUCCAGAGAUUGUUGCAAUAUGCAAAAAGUAUAAGGCAUACGUCUACUUGGAUGAGGCUCACAGCAUUGGAGCAGUUGGAAAAUCAGGAAGAGGUGUCUGUGAACUCUUGGGAGUGGACACUGCUGAUGUAGAUAUCAUGAUGGGAACAUUUACAAAAUCUUUUGGGUCAUGUGGUGGUUAUAUUGCUGGAUCCAGGGAGCUUAUACAAUAUCUUAAGUAUACAUGUCCGGCUCAUCUGUAUGCAACAUCCAUAUCACCUCCAGCUGCACAGCAAAUCAUAUCUGCCAUAAAGGUUAUUCUUGGAGAGGAUGGUACUAGUAGAGGGGCUCAGAAACUUGCACGAAUACGUGAAAACAGCAAUUUUUUCAGAUCUGAGCUGCAGAAGAUGGGCUUUGAGGUUCUUGGAGACAAUGAUUCUCCUGUAAUGCCUAUAAUGCUUUACAAUCCAGCUAAAAUCCCUGCCUUUUCCCGGGAAUGUCUCAAGCAGAAUGUGGCUAUUGUGACAGUUGCUUUUCCAGCAACCCCUUUACUGUUGGCCAGGGCACGUAUUUGCAUAUCGGCCUCGCAUACCAAGGAAGACCUUCUCAAAUCCUUGGAUGUUAUUAGUCGAGUCGGUGACAUGGUGGGUAUUAAAUACUUCCCUUCGGAGCCAACGAAGCAGCAGCAGGAAAAGGGUAUGAUCAAGGUGGAUUGAAGGGUUUGAAGUUAAGCGUCUAAAGCAGCUUUAGAUCUGAUCAGACUGAUGGUAAAGUAUAUUGUUGUAGCUGUUUAGUCGUCGUGCGGAAUCUGAAAAUUCUUCCUUGUUUGUAUUUAUGCCCUUGAAAGGGGGUCUUCUGAGUGUCUUCCUCCUAUAUGUGUUCUUGCUGGAAUUUUGGUAAUUUAAUGUACAGGCACCGCUUUUAAUUCUUCCCA